AUGCAAUCAUACGCUGCUGUUAUCCUAGACAUUGAAGGAACCACGACUCCAAUUUCUUUUGUACAUGAUACUCUGUUCCCAUACGUUACAAAUAACAUUGAAAAUUUUUUAAAAGAGAACUGGGAUAGACCGGAAUUAAACGAGCAAAUCGAUCUCCUGAGAAAUCAGGCUUCCAUUGAUGUGAAAGAUGGUAUUCCGGAUGCGAAACUGAUUCCAGAUAAGAAUGCUGAUAUCAGUUCCUCAGAAGAUAUGCAAGCAGCAGUGAUUUACAAUAUUAAAUGGCAAAUGAAACAGGAUCGUAAGAUCGGAGCCUUGAAAUCAUUCCAGGGUUAUAUGUGGAAGAGUGGAUAUCAAACAGGAGACCUGAAAGGAAUUAUUUAUGACGACGUUGUUGAAGCGUUUCAUAAAUGGAAACAUAUGGGUUGCAAAAUCUACAUCUACUCAUCAGGAAGUGUACAAGCACAGAAGUUAUUGUUUAGCCAUUCAAACCAAGGUAAUCUUCUAGAGUAUAUUUCUGGUCAUUUUGACACUAAUAUUGGACCCAAAAUCAAAAAUGAGAGUUAUAUGAAUAUUGCAAAAUCCAUUGGAGAACAAACAAAGGACAUCAUCUUUCUUACUGAUAGUGCCCAAGAGGCUGUUGCAGCUGAAGCGGCUGGGCUACAAGUAGUCAUCGUAGUGCGACCAGGGAAUGCGUCAUUGCCGUCUUAUAUUACUGAGAAUGCAAAUAUUAAAAUAAUUGAUAAUUUUCUCUCAUUGUUCAACGAGUGA